CAAUAACAUUGUCCAACAUAGACAUAAUCUUCGAACAUCACCUUAUUUGUUCGUAUAUCUUUGAACUUUUGUACAAACUGACCAUCAUACAAACAGUUAUCACCUAGUGUUAUCUGAAAACUUGAUAUUAUUAUUUGUGCAUAGUCUCAAUCAUAGACUUGUACAUAUUUAUUUAAAAGCUUAAAUACUUACUUAAUGACCAAACAUAAUUUAGUAACCUAUUGAACAUCACAUAAGUAGUUUAUUUACUGUUUUUCUGGGCACUGAAUGUCGGAAUGUUCUUCUAGGAUGCACUGGAAAACAAAAGCUCUACUUUGUGUACUCCUGGUUGGAAUUACAACAGCAUUACGUUUGCCAUAUUACGAAUCGUCCUGCAACCCACUCACAGAGUUUCAGUGUGAUGAAAAUUCAUGGACCGGAACAUUUUGUUUACCCAUUAGUCUGAGAUGUAACGGGAAGUCUGAAUGUAUGGAUAGGAGUGACGAAUAUGGAUGCAAUGUUUCGAUAAUUAACACAGCCUGGGUACGUGAAAAGUCUCAUUGUGGUGAAGAAGAGUUUACGUUUGAUAAUGACAAAUGUUACCCAGAUUCGUGGAGAUGUGAUGGUAUUGUUGACUGCUAUGAUAAUACAGACGAACAGAAAUGUCAAGGUACCACGCUAACAACUGUUACAACCCCAACGGCGAAAACAACAACAUCUGCUCAGAAACUGUGUGCUAAGGGAGAUUUUAUGUGUGCUGAUGGUGAGAGAUGUUGUCCAAAUACAUGGAGAUGUGACGAUAUCAUUGACUGUAAUGACGGGUCAGAUGAACAUCAUUGCCAAGUUGCAACUAACGCACCAGUAUUACUCCAACAGUGUGCUACAGGGAUGGUCCCAUGUGAUCAUGGAAAGAAGUGUGUGUAUAAUGCAUGGAAAUGUGAUCGCAUUGUAGACUGUUUGGAUGGUUCUGAUGAAAGUGAUUGUCAAGACCAUGUUCCGAAAACUGACAAAACAAUAGUGUUGUCAUUUGAAGAUCUCUUGCAUAGACACAAACGGGAAACAAGAAACAAACGACCAGUAGAACUGUCAGCAGCAAAUAGACCUAGGUUAUUUGAUGUCAUUGGAAACAAAGAAACUGAGAAUAGCGAACACUGAAAAGAGUAGAAAAUGUACUGAAAUAAAAAAUAGAUUCAAAUAAAGUAAAUAGAGAUAAAAAACCCAAAUAAAACAUCUCUUUGCAUAUUAAAUUUUUAUAUUUGAUUUACCUUAAAAUUUCA